CCGGUCCCCUGGGCCGGUCGCCUCGGGACAAAGGGAUGCCCCAGGGAGGAGGAUGGGCAGUGGGCUGGGGACUGGCCGUGGGAUAAGGCCGGUUCCAGGGUGGCGGGAACACAGGGUCAGCCCGGGGAGGGCGGGGCCCGAGAGACAAAGUCUGUCGUAGCCGCCGCAGCUCUUCAUAAAUUGCAGCCAGUGUGGGGAGGGUGGGCGGAGAUGCGGCAAGGUGUGUGUGGGGUGCAGUCGUUCCAUGUUGGGGGAAGGGCGUGUGCACCCCUAAAUGGACUCAGAUGAUCAAAACCAGUGGGGAGGUAAAGAAUGGACAGCCCCAGGGGGCGUGGUAGGAGUUGUGCCUCUGGGGAGGGUGAGGCUCCGCCCCCAAAGAUGAGGGGCCUGAAGAGGGUGUGAUCGCCAUCCGAGACUUCGCUGAGAAGAGCCGUAUUGGGAGAGGCCGGGACUGAGGGCCCUCCUGAGGUGGUUGGGGCUCAGGGCCGACUGGGUCAGUAGUCACAUGCCCCGGAGUCUGGUGUAAAGGCCUAAUACGAAGCCCUAGCCACUGGUGAUGGUGGUGGUAGGUUUUAUAAGGGUCCCUAGCGCUGACUAUUAGGCCUUGGUUCAGCCAUCAUUAGCCCCUACAGGGUUUUGUAUAUGUCUAUGUGGCAAGGGUAUCAUCUAGAGUUGAUAGGGGUGUGUGUGCAAAUAUUGGGUUGCUCCAGUGAACUAACCUCAUGGGGUGGGGCCAGCAAACUCUUGUGGAAGUGAACUCGAGGAUCUGAAGAAAGAGAAGGUGAGGGGCCUGAUUUACUGGUGUACAACUUGGACUUCGGUGGGCAUCUCCGGAUGCUGAAGCGAGUACAGAACCUGCUUGGCCACUAUCUUAUCCAUGGGUUCCGAGUGCGACCAGAGCCCAAAGGAGACGUUGACUCUGAGGCCAUGAUAGCUGUGUUUGGGAGUAAGGGACUCAGAAUUGUGAAAAUUAGCUGGGGUCCAAGCCAUCUUCGAGAGCUCUGGCGCUCUGGCCUGUGGAACAUGUCCGACUGGAUCUGGGAUGUUCGCUGGCUGGAGGGCAAUGUGGCCUUGGCCUUGGGCCACAACUCAGUGGUGCUGUAUGACCCUGUGACUGGGUGCAUGCUGCAGGAUGUACCCUGCACAGACAGGUGCACCCUCUCCUCAGCCUGCCUGAUUGGAGACACCUGGAAGGAACUGACCAUAGUGGCAGGUGCGGUUUCCAACCAGCUCCUGGUCUGGUAUCCAGCCACGGCUUUAACAGACAACAAACCUGUGGCACCUGACCGGCGGGUUAGUGGACACGUGGGUGUCAUCUUCAGCAUGUCAUACCUCGAAAGCAAGGGCCUGCUGGCAACUGCCUCAGAAGAUCGAAGUGUCCGCAUCUGGAAGGUGGGCGACCUCCGGGUGCCUGGGGGUCGGGUGCAGAAUAUUGGUCACUGCUUUGGACAUAGUGCCCGUGUGUGGCAGGUGAGGCUCUUAGAGAAUUAUCUUAUUAGUGCAGGAGAGGACUGUGUCUGCUUGGUUUGGAGCCAUGAAGGUGAGAUCCUUCAAGCCUUUCGGGGCCACCAGGGCCGCGGGAUCCGAGCCAUAGCAGCUCAUGAGAGGCAAGCCUGGGUGAUCACUGGGGGUGACGACUCAGGCAUUCGGCUCUGGCAUCUGGUAGGUCGUGGGUAUCCAGGCUUGGGCGUCUCAGCUCUGUGCUUCAAGUCCCCUAGCCGGCCAGGUGCCCUCAAGGCUGUGACUCUGGCUGGUUCUUGGAGAGUACUGGCAGUGACUGAUGCAGGGGCCCUCUACCUCUACGACGUUGAGGUCAAAUGCUGGGAGCAGCUGCUGGAGGACAACCGAUUUACAUCUUACUGUCUGCUGGAAGCAGCUCCAGGGCCUGAGGGCUUUGGACUCUGUGCCUUGGCCAAUGGGGAGGGUCUUGUCAAGGUUGUCCCUAUCAACACUCCCACUGCUGCUGUGGACCAGAACCUGUUCCAGGGGAAGGUCCACAGCCUGAGUUGGGCCCUCCGUGGCUAUGAGGAGCUUCUGUUGCUGGCAUCAGGCCCUGGUGGGGUAGUAGUUUGCUUGGAGAUCUCAGCUGCACCUACUGGCAAGGCCAUCUUUGUCAAGGAACGUUGCCGGUACCUGCUUCCCCCAAGCAAGCAGAGAUGGCACACAUGUAGUGCCUUCCUGCCCCCAGGUGACUUCCUGGUCUGUGGGGACCGCCGUGGCUCUGUGAUGCUGUUCCCUGCCAGACCAAGUCUAUUUAAAAAUCCUGGGGGUGGAGGCAAGGCUAUCACUGAAGCUGAGGCACCUGGAGCUGGUGGUAGCGGUGGUGGGUCUGAGAAGGUUGCAACAGGAUUACGCCCAGUAUCUUCCCUCCAUUCUCUGCAUGGGAGACAGGGAGUGACCUCAGUUACCUGUCAUGGUGGCUAUGUAUACAGCACAGGGCGUGAUGGCACCUACUACCAGCUCUUCGUACAUGGCGGCCAGCUCCAGCCAGUCCUAAGGCAGAAGUCCUGUCGUGGCAUGAACUGGAUAGCUGGGCUUCGCAUGGUGCCUGAUGGAAGCAUGGUCAUCUUGGGCUUCCAUGCCAAUGAAUUUAUAGUGUGGAGCCCCCGGUCCCAUGAGAAGCUGCAUAUCGUCAACUGCGGUGGAGGGCACCGCUCCUGGGCCUUUUCUGAUACUGAGGCAGCCAUGGCCUUUGCCUACCUUAAGGAUGGUGAUGUCAUGCUCUAUCGGGCUCUAGGUGGCUGCAUUCGUCCAAAUGUGAUUCUCCGAGAGGGUCUGCAUGGCCGUGAAAUCACAUGUGUAAGGCGCGUAGGGACUGUAACCCUGGGCCCUGAAUUUGAGGUACCCAGCUUGGAGCAUCCUGACUACCUGGAGCCUGGCAGUGAGGGGCCUGGUCUGAUUGACAUCGUGAUCACAUGCAGCGAGGACACUACUGUCUGUGUCCUAGCGCUUCCCACAACCACAGGCUCAGCCCAUGCACUCACAGCUGUUUGUAACCAUAUCUCUUCGGUGCGUGCUCUGGCAGUGUGGGGCAUUGGCACUCCAGGUGGCCCACAGGAUUCUCGACCAGGUCUCACUGCUCAAGUAGUAUCUGCAGGGGGUCGAGCUGAGAUGCACUGCUUCAGCAUCAUGGUCACUCCUGACCCCAGCACCCCAAGCCGCCUUGCCUGCCACGUCAUGCACCUUUCAUCCCACCGGCUCGAUGAGUACUGGGACCGGCAUCGUAACCGGCACCGGAUGGUCAAGGUGGACCCUGAGACCAGGUACAUGUCUCUUGCUAUUUGUGAGUUUGACUCGGAUAAGCCUGGCUUUGGACCCCUUGUGGCUGCAGCCUGUAGUGAUGGAGCAGUAAGGCUUUUUCUCUUGCAGGACUCUGGGCGAAUUCUGCAUCUCCUUGCUGAGACUUUCCACCAUAAGCGGUGUGUUCUCAAAGUCCAUUCCUUCACUCAUGAGGCACCUAACCAGCGGCGGAGGCUGAUCCUGUGUAGUGCAGCUACAGACGGCAGCCUGGCCUUCUGGGAUCUUACCACUGCGAUGGACCGUGGCUCCACUACCCUGGAGUCCCCAGCACACCCUGGGCUUCCCUAUCAGCUGGGCACUCCCUGCUUGACCGUCCAGGCCCAUAGCUGUGGUGUCAACAGCCUGCACACCCUGCCUACCCCUGAGGGCCACCAUCUUGUGGCCAGUGGCAGUGAGGAUGGGUCCCUCCAUGUCUUUACCCUUGCUGUGAAGAUGCCAGAGCUGAAAGAGGCUGAUGGGGAGGCUGAGCUGGUGCCCCAGCUGUCUGUCCUAGAGGAAUAUUCUGUCCCCUGUGCACACGCUGCCCACGUGACAGGCCUCAAGAUCCUAAGUCCCAGCCUCAUGGUCUCAGCCUCUAUAGACCAACGGCUGACCUUCUGGCGUCUGGGGCAUGGUGAGCCCACCUUCAUGAACAGCACUGUGUACCACGUACCAGAUGUGGCUGACAUGGACUGCUGGCCUGUGAGCCCUGAGUUUGGCCAUCGCUGUGCUCUUGGGGGUCAGGGACUUGAGGUUUAUAACUGGUAUGACUGAGUUACCUCAGUUGCUGGAGAACUGAGCAUGGGGCCUGCCUGUAGACAGUGGAGCAGGGAUCUGCUGUCUCUGCUCAUGCUCAGUGUGCUCCGAGGUGAGGCAGUACCAUGGGUUCUUAGCUUGGAGUACUCCAGUAGGGUGCCACAUAGGUGGGCCAAGAAUAUGCCUCACUCUCUCUAUUGGGAUGAACUGUAUUUAUUUUGGCUUUAAGUGCCCAGCAUCUGUGAAGUUUUGUCUUUUUCCCAGUUGAUGACUUUGUAAACAUUCCCAGCCUUUGGGCCCUUAGAUGUGGCUUAGCGGAGGGAGGCCCAGCAUAGCCAAGCCUGUGUGGAAGACCUCACGUACUGCUCUCAGAAGCUGUAGGCGGGCAAACAUCUGACCAAAGAGGUGUGGCCGAGGUUCCUGAAAGAAAAGGAAGCAGGCUCAUCCUCUUGUUUUCCUGUCUUUACCGUGUGCACCCUACAUUCCCAACAGACGCUCUUUUGCUGUAUGCUUACCCCUAGAAUGUGUACUCGGUUAUAGUAUGAGCUGAAAUCCAUGCUGAGCUGCACUAGGAACUUGCACACCUAGAGACAGAGGUUGAAUCACUGGGCUGUUGUCUUUGUUCUUGUGUGCCAAUCCAGAAUAAAGAAUAGUGUGUAGUGUC